AUGGCCAUCAUCAAACUAGCCAAUGGGGGCGGCACCCACCGCAAGCCAGCCUCGGUCACAUCAACAGAUGUUUUGAUCGUUGGAGCUGGGCCGGCUGGUGCCUCGCUGGCUUGUUUUUUGGCAUCAUAUGGUAUCCGCGGUAUAAUGAUUAGCGCAUCUCCAACAAAUGCCGAUACCCCAAGAGCGCAUAUCACAAAUAUGGCCGCCAUGGAGUGUCUCCGAGACAUUGGCCUGGAUGUCGAAUGUAACCGACUUGCAACCAAUGGCAUGAACAUGAUGCAUACAAGGUGGGCAUACAGUAUGGCCGGCGAGGAAUAUGCCCGGAUUCACUCCUGGGGUCAUGACCCCAAACGAAAGGGUGACUACGAAACAGCCAGUCCAUGUGACCCCGUCGACCUUCCCCAAACCCUCCUCGAACCCAUCCUAGUCCGAUAUGCCACACUUAGUGGCUUCAGCUGUCGUUUCGACACAACAUUCGUCAGAUUCGAGCAAGACGAUGAGGGCACAACGUCGACUCUCCGCGACAAUAUAUCUGGAUCUGAAUACCAAAUUCGCUCCAAAUACCUCUUUGGUGCCGAUGGUGCGCGGAGUGAGGUUUUCCGCCAGCUCGGGCUUCCCCUGGAUGUACGCCCAGAUCAGGGCCUUGCGUAUAAUGUUCACCUCAAGGCGGACUUGUCAAGCUACAUGCAAUAUCGAACUGGAAAUCUUCAUUGGUUGUUGCAACCUGACAAGGAACAUCCCUUGUUUGGGUGGGCGUGUAUCGCCCGAAUGGUGAAGCCUUGGGACGAGUGGCUCUUUAUUGUGCUCCCGGAACGAGGCAAGGAGCUUGAUUUUGAGCCUACAAAUGAGCAAUGGCUUGGUCGAAUGAAGGAAUUUAUUGGUGAUGAUUCGAUUAACACAGAAAUUCUGGGUGUGUCCAAAUGGCGUAUCAAUGAUGUCGUGGCGGAAGAGUUCUCCAGUGGCCGAGUGUUCUGUCUUGGCGAUGCGGUGCAUCGACACCCUCCGUCGAAUGGUCUCGGAUCCAACACAUGCAUCCAAGAUGCAUACAACCUAGCAUGGAAAGUUGCCUAUGUGCUGAAGGGCCAAGCAUCACCUUCAAUUCUCGAGACAUACACGGCUGAGCGUCAACCUGUUGGCCGAGGAGUCGUCACACGAGCAAACUCCUCAUUCCGCCAUCACGGGCCCGUUUGGGACGCACUAGGCGUCAUGUUACCAACUCCAGAAUUACGACUCAAAGCUUUGAACGAAUUAACCGAUCCCACGUUGAAAGGACGUGCUCGUCGAGCUGCUCUCCAAGCCGCCAUUGAAGAGACAGAACAUGAAUACCACGCCCUUGGAACGGAAAUGGGUCAGUUUUACCAAAGUACCGCUGUUUAUACUGCGGAUGAAGCUGCCUCGUUUUAUUCCCCAGAAGUGGUUGCCCAGGAUCUCGAUCUUACCUUGAUCCGAAGCACAUACCCUGGAUGCCGUCUGCCUCAUGUCUGGCUGAACAAUGCCGUUCCCGUCAGGCGCAUCUCUACGGUGGACUUGGCAGGGGGUGGCUCAUAUGCACUCCUCACUGGUAUUGGUGGUGAGGCUUGGAAGGGAGCAGCUUCGAAGAUUGGAAACGAGCUCGGGGUGACCAUCAAGGCUUAUUCAAUUGGUUUCCGGCAGGACUUUGAAGAUGUUUAUUUCGAUUGGGCACGCGUUCGCGGUGUGGAUGAGACUGGCUGUGUUCUUGUCCGUCCUGAUCGACACGUCUCGUGGAGAUGUAAUGAAGUACUUGGUGACGAGGCGCAAUGUGCGGCCAAAUUGCGGCAUGUGAUGCUGAGUAUUCUUGGCCGCUCCUACAUAUCCUGA